AUGCUUCCAAGGAACACCACAAAUGAGCAACCCAUGGAGAAUAUUAACCAGAUCAACCGUGGAAGGAGAAUUCUUCGGUCCAGAGCACCCCGUGGAGUACCUAAUUAUCCGGACGUAACCAUGGGCCAUACCACAAACUUAUCGGAAUCCUCUGUUGAAACGCAUGUUUCAAGAUUGAAUGAUGGUCUUGAAACUGAUUUAUACCCAAUGGAAUUUUAUCAUCCUCUUUUCCACACAAACAUUGGCCGAAAUCCAGGCGGUCGGAUGACAGCCACUCAGGAUGACCAUCUUGGUGAUAAUAGACAUGAGCCCCAUAUGGCACGUAAUGCCGGAGAGGUCCAUCAUGGAUAUUCUAAUUAUAUUCGACGGUCCGGAGGACAUUCCUAUGUUGAACAUCCUUUUGGAAGAAUACAGCCUCUGUCCACAGAAGAUCUUUUUGGACUUCCUGCCCAGGAUACUGAUGAUAGCUAUCAUCCAAGAGGCACUACUACCGCUGUUAGCAACCCCUAUUUUCAAGACUUGCAACCAAGAAACAAUGAUACCCCAAGCAUUGCACAAAAUAUGCAUGAAGAGACACAUGAAGAGACAACUCCGGACUCUUCAACAGUUCCGGAGCAUGUCAUAACGGGGUACUCAUCGUUUCCCAAUCUCCCCAACUACAACGCGGCAAACUCUCAAGAAGCUGGUGUAGUAGUGUGGAGCCUUGCAGGAGAUAAUGCUCCUGUGGGAAGAAGCCACAAGAGAAGAAAGAUGACAGACGACGAAUUGGUGCGCAACAGAGCCCUGAAAGCCGUUGGAGGGGCAUGUGACAAUUGUCGGAGACGUAAAAAGAAGUGUUACCACAAAGACGAUCAACUUAUAUUGUCAGCUCCGGAUUCUACUCCAACCUCGGCGCCGACUUCAGUUCCAGCUCCUAUUCAAGCUCAGACUUCGGGUCCAAGUCAGCUUGUCCCGGUACACGUCAACAACAGAAUUGGAACACGCGCCGUACAUGCUCGACCUCGACCCGACGAUAUCAACCGCCGUACGGUUGCAGCAGGCCUGCAGCGACAACGGAAUCAGUCAGUCGCCUCUUCGUACGGUCGUUCAGUUGAUCCGAGCAUGUUCUCGCCUUCAGAAGGCGGCGGUUCUAGUAAUGGCACCGUGACCAGCAAUCAAUCGGCAGUGACCACCUUCGUGGUGGAUAAUCCCAACCCCGACAUCCAGCAAGAAGAGCGUUUUGGUAUGGAUGCCGUCGGUUUGGGCCAGCAGUUCAAUGGACAACUCGCCCAACCGUUCACUCCCACAAAUAUCAUGCACGCCGACACCGAAAUCGCCUUUCUGAACGCGUGGUUCGAUAGCGAGCAUCCAGACGAGAAUGAUCAUUGA